CAACUCACCAACCGAUAAAAUCAACCAACCAUUUUGCCCCGUAGUUUCCAAAGCCAAAGCCAAAGCCCACAAAAAGUCAUAGAUAGAAACUCCCCCUUACUAGUCUUCUCGUCUGUUCUGUUCCACAGUCGUCAACUCUGUAACAUUGCUCAAUGAUAUCUCGUACAUUUCACCUUUUGAAGCAAUCUGAUGCUUAAAAUUCAGAUUUUGUGACCACCUAUUUGAGAAUUUGACGGUUUUCAUGUUGGGUUUCUCUUUUUGAAUAGUUCUGAUCAAUUUUGUGAUCUUGACCUUUACAUGAGUCAUCAGUCAAACCCUAGUGUGUUCUGGGCUCUCCUUGGUGGGUUUUGUGAUUUUCAUCACAAAACCUUGGUUGCUUUAGUUGAUUUGGUUUGCAGCAGCACAGAGGGAGAGAGAGCCUGGGUUCUCCAAUCGUCGGUGUUAUUAUUGUAAAGCUUUGGAUGGUUCAAUCCCUCUGUGAAGACCAUUUUGGAGGGUUCUAUUUUGUGAAUUGGGUAGCUAUGGUGCUAUAGGUUUAAAUGUCAAAUAGAUUAUCUGUAUCUUUAUGGUUUUGAAGCUAUGGUUUUGAACAAGAAACCUCGAAUCAAAGAUGCGGCUUUGCGCCGCUUUCUGUCUCUGGUUUUGAUUACUCUGCUAGGGGUGGCUCUGCUGGUUUUUCUCCUUAGAACGAAUUCAAUUGCCAUUUCAGCUACCCGUAAUUCGAGUGAGAUCGGUGAAAAUUUUGGAUUGACUUCUAACUACUCACAAGUUAGAGCAAAACUCAACCUUCCCAAACAGAAUGAGUUGUCAAUUUUGUUAGAAAAGCGAAACCAGUUGCCUCCAAGAAACAUGGAUUUAUAUCCGAAUCUAGCCAAAGAUCAUAUAGUCAUUGUUCUGUAUGUUCACAACCGGCCCCAGUAUCUCAAAGUAGUUGUUGAUAGCCUUUCUCAAGUGGUAGGGAUAAGUGAAACCCUACUGAUUGUUAGCCAUGAUGGAUAUUUUGAAGAGAUGAACAAGAUUGUGGAAGGUAUUAAAUUCUGCCAAGUGAAACAAAUUUUUGCCCCUUACUCGCCCCAUGUCUUUCCCAGUAGUUUUCCUGGUGUCUCACCAGCAGAUUGCAAGGAUAAGGACGAUUCUGUAAAGAAUCACUGUGAAGGAACUCCAGAUCAAUAUGGAAAUCACCGGUUGCCUAAAAUUGUGUCCUUGAAGCAUCACUGGUGGUGGAUGAUGAACACAGUGUGGGAUGGGUUAAAGGAGACUCGUUCACACUUGGGUCAUAUUCUUUUCAUAGAGGAGGAUCACUUCAUUUUUCCCAAUGCUUAUCGCAACUUGCAGUUACUUACGGAACUGAAACCACAAAAAUGUCCUAAUUGCUAUGCUGCAAAUCUGGCACCAUGUGAUGUGAAGUCAAGAGGAGAAGGGGGGGAGAGUUUGAUUGCCGAGAGAAUGGGGAAUGUGGGUUAUUCUUUCAAUCGGACUACAUGGAGGAAUAUACGUAAAAAGGCGAGAGAAUUUUGUUUUUUUGAUGAUUACAACUGGGAUAUAACAAUGUGGGUAACAGUUUAUCCUUCAUUUGGUGGUCCUGUUUACACACUUCGAGGGCCUAGGACUAGUGCUGUUCACUUUGGGAAAUGUGGUUUGCAUCAGGGCCAGGGGGAGAGGGCUGCUUGUGUUGAUAAUGGUGUCGUGAAGAUUGAAGUGCAGGAGAUAGAUAAGGUUCCCAACAUCAAAUCUGACUGGGGAGUACAUGUGCUCACGAAACAACAAGGAUAUGAAGCUGGCUUUAAGGGUUGGGGAGGCUGGGGAGAUAUAAGGGACCGCCAAUUGUGUUUGGAAUUUGCUAACAUGUAUCACCUGAGUUGAGAGAUCAAAUUUCCUUUCCGAAGAGUUUCCAGCAUGUUGGGUUUCCCAAUCAGCAAAACCGAUGAGGUCUAAUUUUAGUUGAGUUACUAAAAGAGAGCAUACAUUGUUGUUACAUAUGUGGAUUUUGUAUUAUUACCAGAAUAAAAUCACGUUAUGUUUUACUCUUUCAGUGAAUUUUUAGCCGUCUGAUUUUCUUUAAUCCUGCCAUAUCUUUUAUCUUGUUGAAUGGGUGAUCAGCCUAUUGCUCUUCAUGAUUUUAGGGCAUGGAUACUUCUGCUUUCUUGUGACAGAC